UCCCACGUCGCCUUUAUAUUUUUAAGGACCGUUCUGGGGACCCAGGGAAGCAAAUCACUCGAGGAGGAAGCAGCUACUCUAUAUUUUUCUUUCUUUCUUGCGUCUCAAACGAAACCAGGUGUAGAUUUGAGACGAGGAGAGAUGGAGAGAACCAAUCUCAUACUAUUGCUGUUCGUUUUUGCACAAGCCAUGAUCAUCGCACAAGCAGCCGAGGAGUAUGACUACUCGAAUGGGACUCGAGGCCAGGCAAACUGGGGAAACUUGAGACAAGAAUGGAGGGCUUGCAGCAGCGGCAGAAUGCAAUCUCCGGUGGACAUUCAAUCCGAGGAGCUCCAACCAGUGUGCUCUUUGAAGCUGCUCCAGACGAGAUACAAACCAACGAAUGCCACUCUCACCAAUCUCGACCACGACAUAGCACUCGAGUUUGGCGAUUCUUCAUCGGGAUCGCUCAUCAUCGAUGGCACCUUGUACAGGGUGAGCGAGUAUCAUAUCCAUGCUCCCAGCGAGCACACUGUGAAUGGGAAGCAUCUCGCAGUCGAGGGGCAUCUCGUCCACAGGAGUGAAGACAACAGGCUUGCAGUCGUCGCCGUCAUGUACACGAUUGGAUCCGAGGACGACCCUUUUAUCGAUCAGGUUGAGCAUUUUCUACCUGAGCUGAGUGGCGAGCAAGAUGUUCAAGUGGUGGAUCCCUCGCUGCUUAAUGUUGGAGGCAAGCGAUUCUUCAGAUAUGUUGGAUCACUGACAUCACCGCCCUGCACCGAGCAAGUGACAUGGAGCGUGUUGAGAAGACCACGAACGAUCUCGAAAGCCCAGUACCGGCUUUUGAUGAAUGCCCUCGAUGGUGAUAACAACAGAUCGAUACAUGGCUUGUUUGGAAGAAGAAUAAGCUAUUAUAAAUAGAAGAUUCGUUUUAGUCCUAUUAGGGCACGCGGUUUUUAACCUAGCAAUAGCACUAUGUGGAAGUCUAUAUUUCUCUUGCUUGUGGUGCUUCUCCUAGUAGAUGCAGACCAGCUCAAAAUACAUCCAGAUUACCAUCUCAAA